AUGCCUCCAAGAUUUUCUGGUCUCACUACAACUAGUGACCUCAGCUUCAUCUCUUCGGAACCUUCCGUGAUAACGUCUCGAUCCGGCAAGCGGUUCUUUGUACAUAGCGGUGUUAUCGGCGACCUAUACCUAUGCACUGUUGGCCAAAGCCCCGGAGAUAUCGACCUCUCGGCUUGGAGUGAUGACACAGUCAGCCGGUGGAUCCAGUUCCUGUAUGCUGGGAACUAUCAGAUCCCUGAACCCGCCUGGCAGGAGGACGACAAAGAAGAGGAAGAGGAUGAAGAGGAAGAGGGGGAUGAACAGGCUCCAACGGACAGAGAUGGGUCAAAUACACCCGACACAGUUCAAAUUCAGUCGGCCCUUACGAACUCGAAAGAAUGGCAUUCGAUCGCCUCUAUUCUGCGCUUCAGUAGUGCCGGUAGCUUUAUAGAGAAGGGUGCCUCCAAACCAGCAAUCGACUUCAUCGAGACGUUAGCCUAUACCUUCAAUUUGGCCGAGACUACAUGUAGUGAUUAUCGCAUUAGACUAGGGGCGCGGGGACUAGCUCUUUUCAAGGAUUUCGCAGUAACGCAUUUCGGAAAUCUGAUGGUUCGUAAGGAAAUGUCAUCCUUGAUGCGAAAGAACGGUGAUUUUGCUGUUCAGUUGAUGGGGUUGGUUGCCAAUAAAGUUCGUAAGAUAGAGAGCGAUUCCAAGAACUAG